CUGGGGCUGCCCGAGACCCCCUUCCGGUGCUGCCGUUUUGCUGUGGGGCGGUGGGAUCCGGACCGGGGGCCCCUGGUUUCCCCACGCCAGGCCCCGCGUCACCCGUCCACCUGCCGGGAGGCAUCACCGGCUAAAAAUACCCAGCGGCGGCAGCUGGUGUCAGUGGGAGUGGAGCCGCAGAGCCGGUGCACCGGGACGGCUCCCUGAAAGCCCCCCAGCCUGUGGCUGGGGGGGAACUGGCUGGCAGCAGCACCAUGGCUCUCCCGGUCAUAUCCAGCUGGCACUGGGAGCUGGGUCAUGUCCUGCUGUCCGUGCGUCCGUUGGUCUGUCUCCUUGCAGGUAGCACUGGACUGUCCCUAUGGCGGAGAAAUUGGAGCCCCGAGAUUCAGAGAGCAGCUGGGUGCUGGCGGGCAGCGAGGGUCUGCCCAUUGACACGGUGGGUCCAGAGCAGGACUCAACCUCCCACGGGUCUGAGGAUGAGGAACCGGAGGAGGAGGAUGAAGGCACCCAGGACACAGUCACAGCCACGGCCACCAAUGGCAUCACUACCUUCCCCAGCUGGACUUUGUGCCCCGAGGGCAGCAGGCAGGGGGACCCAGAGGAGCGUGAGGACUCCAGAGUGUCAGCAGUGCCUGCCCUGGAUGGCUCUGCAGUGCCCAGCAUGUUGGAGGGCAACAAGCAGGAGCCAAAUGCUGAGGCUGAGCCACAACCCUGCCCUGACACCCCCCAAGCAGGGCCAACAAUGGAAGACGUGUGCUGCACCAGCAGUGACAAUGACACGGAGGGGCUGCGGUGGCGGCAGGGCCACAAGCCCCAUCCUGGGCCCCCCACAGUCACACCUUCCCCACACCGGGGAACAUCAGACGCUGGUGAGGAUGGGCUCAAUAUGAGCAAGUACCUGCUGGGAGCCUUGGCGUUGGUCGCUGUGGGGCUGCUGAUCAUCACUGGUGGUAUCUACGACAUGGCAGAGGGUCCUGUGGAGAGUGUGGGGAGCUGGGACUUGGCUGCUGGGGAGCAGGAGUUGCUGCUGUCUGUAGACAGCAAUGACUCACAGCAGAAGGCCCCUCUGCCAGAUGCUGGGGGCUCCCAGAGUGUGCAGUCCAUGAGCCAACUCCUGGACAAGUUGGCCAAAGAGAAUCAGGAGAUCCGGCUCAUGCAGGCAGAGCUGCAGGCCCACAAGGAAGAUCUGCGGACCCUGCUGCACAGGAGCGAGGGUGAGGCGGCAGCAGCCGGGGCGCAGCAGCAGAGUCUGGCCGCAGAGAAUGCACAGCUGCGCGCGGCGCUGGAGCGGGAGGUCACUGCGCUGCGGGAGGCCCAGGCUGAGCUGCGGCGCCUGCAGGCCACAGGGGCACCGGGCAGCCCCAGGGAGCCAGCAGCAGAGCAGCCACGUGCCACAGGCACGUCCGUGCGUGGCAAAGCUGCGGCACGGUGGCAUGGCAGUCUGGAUUCAUUGCGGCAAGAGCUAGCAGACACCCUGGACCGUGCACGGGGCUCUGGGGAUUUCAAGGGGCUUCUGGAGGAACUAAGCAUCCUGGAGCAGCACCUGGCCCAGGUGCUGGAGGCAGAGGGGUUGGGGUCCUUCCCAUCACCCUGGAAGAAGCCGUUCAAGGUGGAGAAGGAGAGUAGGUGGCACAAACAGCAUGGUGCCAGGGGGUACCCCCACGAGCAGGAGAGGAGAGAGCAUGGCAAACCCCACGAGAAGGAUCCCCGAACCCCCCAUGAGCACAAGCCAGGCAAAGCCUGGGGGAAGCUGUCUCACAGCCACCCCCAGCAUGGUUCCCAUGAGUUGCCCUGGCUCAGGCGGUACCGGGCACCACAGGGCUGCUUUGGGGUGACUGACUGUGCCCACAAGGAGGGCCAGGAAGUGCUCAGGGCUGCACUGGAGCCGGUGCAGAAGGUGCAGUUCCUGCAGCUGCUGGAGAGCUUCAUGGGGCAGCUGGGCUUGGGGAGGCACUUCAAGAGGCUGGCACCACAGCUUGAUGGAGCCUUUAGGGCUGACGGUGUCUUUGCCCACGACCGUCUGCGGUUUGUCGAUUUUGUGGAUGAUGUGGAGGAUCUGCUUGAGGAGGUGGCGUGGCAGGAGUGGGGCGACAAGGAGGCGGUUGAUGGCUUCGAGGAGUACAUGCUGCAGCACUACAGUGGCACCUCCAGGAACAUGUGGAGACAAAGAGCCCAGAGGCAGCAUGGCAUGGGUGGGUAGAGCCGGGGGGGCAGUGUUAUAGUGUGCCAGCACCCCCACGCAAGGGCUCCCCGCGUGCUGUUUGUGGGCAUCUGGGGGCUACCAUCGCACCCUGUAGGGCCAAGUAGGGCCACUUUCCCAACCAAAGGCACUGUGUGAUGCUGCACUGCCACCAUGAAUAAAGUCACCGCUGGGCA